UGGCCCAGGGCGACCUCGGCAGCCCUGACAGCCCGGACCCUCCGGUGUGCCCAGAAGGGUCCCCCGGAGUGGUCUGCGCCUCCCUGGAUGGAGGCGCCUCCAGAAGGAGCCGGCUGAAUGCUCUGGCCUUCACCUUGCAGCCUCCGCUGACCACACCUCCCCGAGUGCAGGGGUUGCCGCCCCGCCCGCCCGCCGGAAAUGCUGUCCCAGCCGGGUCCCAGAGACUCCGGUGUGACCGACAGGAUGGAACUGGAGCCGGCAACAGAGACCUUCGUGUUGGAGCUUCGAUGUCUUGCGGAUGGAGGCCCAGGGCCUGACACCCUCUCAGGUGGCAGCGGUGGUAAGGAGAGUCAAGAGGAGGAAGAGAGGAGCGGCAGCCCACAACUACCAGCAGCGUCAUCCCCAAGAGAGGCCAGUAACAUCACUGAGGAAGCCCAUUCAGGACAGCAAGAGUUGCAACAGCAACAGUUAGAGCAGCAGCCAGAACUGCAGCAACAGUCACAGUAUGAGCCACAAAAGCAGCAACCACGGAACCAACUAUUAGAACAUCAACCAGAAUUACAACAGGAGCAGCAGGAUGGGAAACAGCAGCUGCCUCAACUUCAGCAGGAACUACAGGAAAAUCACCAGUCCAUGCAACACCAGAAACCGACGCCACAGCUGCAGCUAAUGCAACAGCAUGGACAGGUGGAAGGGCAGGUGCAAGAGCAACAAUUGCAGCAGCAGCAGCAGGAACAGUUACAGCAGCAGCAGCAGCAGAAGCAGGUGCAAGAGCAACUCUUGCAGCAGCAGCAGCAAGUGCUACAGCAGCAACAACUGUUACAACAGCAAGAACAACUACAGCAGCAACAGUUCCAAAAGCAGCAGAAGCAGCUCCAGCAACAGCAACUACUGUUGCUGCAGCAGCAGGAACAGUUACAGCAGCAGCUGUUGCUCCAGCAGCAGCAGGCACAGAUUCAGCAGCAGCUUUUGCUGCAGCAGCAGGGGCAGCUCCAGCAACAGCAGCAGGAGCCUCUGCAGCAGCCUCCUGCUGCAUUGGACCCAGAGGAGGAGGAAGAGGUGGAGCUGGAGCUCAUGCCCGUGGAUCUGGGGUCAGAGCAGGAGCUGGAGCGGCAGCAGGAAUUGGAGCGGCAACAAGAGCUGGAACGGCAGCAGGAGCAGAGGCAGCUGCAGCUCAAACUACAGGAACAGCUGCAGCAGCUGGAGCGGCAGUUGGAGCAGCAGCAGUUGGAGCAGCAGCAACUGGAGCAGCAGGAGGUGCAGCUGGAGCUGACCCCCGUGGACCUGGGCGCUCAGACGCAGGAGGUGCAGCUGGAGUUGACGCCCGUGCAGCCCGAACUACAGCUGGAGCUGGUACCCGCUGCUGCAGGGGCGAACGGGGCCGCGGUCCCCGGGGCCCCGGCGGCCGUCGUGGUGGCUCCUCCGGGUUACGUGGUGCUGCAGGAGCUCAUGGUGCUGCCCGCCGUGGCCGCACCGGCCGUGGUGGCCAUCCCGGGCCCGGCAGGCAGCGCAGCACUGACCCCCGCGCGGCAGCGGCGGCGGCGGCGCGCGCGGGACCGGCCGACCAUCUGCGGGGAGUGCGGCAAGGGCUUCAGCCGCAGCACGGACCUGGUGCGGCACCAGGCCACGCAUACGGGCGAGCGGCCGCACCGCUGUGGGGAGUGUGGCAAGGGCUUCUCGCAGCACUCCAACCUGGUGACCCACCAGCGCAUCCACACGGGCGAGAAGCCCUACGCCUGCUCCUACUGCUCCAAGCGCUUCAGCGAGAGCUCAGCGCUCGUACAGCACCAGCGCACACACACGGGCGAGCGGCCCUAUGCGUGCGGCGACUGUGGCAAGCGCUUCAGCGUCUCCUCCAACCUGCUGCGGCAUCGGCGUACUCACUCGGGCGAGCGGCCCUACGUGUGCGAGGACUGCGGUGAGCGCUUCCGCCACAAGGUGCAGAUCCGCCGCCACGAGCGCCAGCUGCACGGUGCGGGCCGCUCCCGGGGCCUCGGUCUGCUGCGCGCACCGCGGCCCGCGCCCCCCGGCGGAGCUCCACGCCCCCAGCCAACCUCGGGAGCCGCUGCUCCCGCAGCGGACAGGCGCCCUGAUGCGUGAUGCGCGCGCCUGGGGGGACUGGAGGGCCGGGGAGCACGCAGGGGACGCGGGUCGGUGUCACCUGUGCCGCCCCUUGGGCGCACAUGUGGAGAUGGCCAGACACCUCGCUCCCAAGUUCUUGGUUUCCUGGAAUAUCCAUGGAAAAGAAAAGACUUCCUUCCAUCAUCCUCGGAUUCCUUGAGAAGUUCCAGGUUCACAGAUUCACACCCACCCCCCAGAAUCCAUCCGCAAGAUUUAUGAUAGCACAGGGGAAGCCAAUGGCUAAGGCAGAGUUGGCCACAUUGUUUUCUUUCUCUUGCAAAAAAUAAAAAAAUAAAAAAAAAAUCAGACUUU